AUGCCGUUCCCUGUGGCACACGAGGCAUGUCCUCAUGCAUGGAAUGAGUCUGCCAUGGUGAGCCCGUUCCCCGGAAUGACGGUGCAUCGUGACGAAUGCGCGUACUGCUGCCGCUCGUGCUGUCAAGGCGACGGGGUCUAUGUCUGUAUGGCAUGCCACACGGGUCUGUGUUGCGAGCACCUAGAGAAGCAUAUGACAAUCUGCGAGACGCACGUCAUGUACACAACCAUCAAGGAACUGCCCGCAAAGGAGACGGAUGAAGUGAAGGAUGUGAACUACCUUGGUGUAGGGGCCCCUAAGGAGUAUGAGACCGCGGUGUGUUGCGCAGAUUGCCAGGUGCAGUUUGCGCAAGUGCCGGAGCUGGCUGUGGAAGCGUGCAGCGGAAUCAUUAACGCGCCGGAGCCAGGCGCGCAGGACAGCACAGCUGGUGGUGAUGUGGGCCGCCUGCAGAAGCCGCAGUGCCCACACCUGGUGUGUCUGGAGCAGCUGCCGAGCCCCUUUCAUGUUCAUCCACCCACUUCCGACGACAUGUGUUCCGCGGAAGCGUGCGGAUGCCACGUGAACAACUGGAUGUGCGUCACGUGCGGUGCGAUCGGUUGCCCUCGUCCCGAGGCAGGCGGCAAAGGUCAUGCGCUGCAGCACUAUGAGCUGACGGGACACCCGGCUAGUGUCAAACUUGGCACCAUCACCGCGCAGGGCGCUGACUACUACUGCUACGCCUGCGACGAUGACGUUGACGACGUACACUUCACAGCACACAUGGCACACUUCGGCGUUGAUGUGCACACUGCCAAAAAGACCGCCAAAACGAUGGGUGAGCUGGAGUACGAUUACUCCUCGCAGUUUGACUUCAACAAGAUCACCGAAGCUGGCGCGUCCUUGACUCCAUCUUACGGCCCAGGCCACACUGGCAUCAAGAAUAUUGGCAACAGCUGCUACCUCGCAUCCGUUGUGCAGUGCCUCAUGUCACUGGCUCCGUUCCAGCGCUUCUUCUUUCCAGCCAAGUCAACCCCGCAUCAGGCACAGUGCACCGCGGAUCCGUACACCUGUCACCACUGCCAGACGGAGCGCGUGGCCGCCGGUUUGCUCUCGGGUGAGUUCAGCCGGGAGGGCCACGACCUCACCAAUAGCAUCUGCCCCCGUCUCUUUAAGAAGGUGUUCGCCAAACAGCACCCUGAGUUCUCCACCGGCGCCCAGCAGGAUGCGCAGGAGUACCUGCUCUACCUACUGGAGGAAAUGCAGCGAUACGUGCGCCCCAACGUCAACGGCAGUGCAGGCGCCGGUGGUGCACAGCAGCCGGUGCACCCGUCUGAGAUUAUGGAGAUGGUGAUGGAACAUCGUAUAGAGUGCAGCAAAUGCCAUCGAGUGCGCUACACAUACGAGAAGGACAAGUGCCUAUCCUUGCCGAUUCCGAUCGAUCCAAUGGUGGCCUCGACAGACGCGGCCGCCACAAGCGAGGCAGAGGUGCUCGAGGUAGAGGUGGAUGCGAUACGACCCAGGUGCUCUCUGGAGGACUGCCUGCGAGCGGCCACCUUGCCAAGUAGCAUCCAGUGCCGGUGUGAGGUGUGCGGUGAAUCGGUCACGUACUCCACUGUCACCCGUCUCGCCAGCUUCCCAGAUGUGCUGCCAGUGUGCAUCCGCCGUACGUACUUUGACAUAGCCACCCACAACACAAAGAAGAUGGAUGUGUACGUGGAGGUGCCGCAGGAGCUCGAGCUGGAGGCGUACCGCGGCAUUGGGCUGCAACCAGGUGAGGUGCCUAUGCCUGCGUCGUCGGCUACCUCUGCAGAAGGGCCUAGGGCAGAUGCCCACGUAGCCGCUCCGCUGCAGGAAGUAGAUGAGGUGGCGCUGGUUUCUGUGGUCAGCAUGGGUAUCGACAUAGACGUCGCGCGCUACGCCCUUAUUCAGACAAAUAUGAACAUUGAGCGCGCCAUAGACUACAUAUUCAGCCAUCCACACAUCGCUGAUGAUGUCAAGGCCGCCCCACCGUUGCACUCUGAGGAGCAGCAGCUGACUCCAACUCGCGCAGCUACCGCAGUGAGCGUUCCAAAGUCGGCCACUGAUGGGACCGCCUCGUACGAGCUCACAGCGAUGAUCAGUCACAUGGGCGCGAGUGCACGGACAGGGCACUACGUUUGCCACAUCAAGGAUGCCGCGACAGGCAAGUGGCUCCUCUUCAACGAUGAGAAGGUGGGUGAGUCGCAGAACCCACCCUUCUCUCUAGCCGCGCUGUACUUCUUUCAACGCAAGACGUAA